AUGGCGGCAUCGAGCGCGCCACACCCCUCGGAGCUGUGCAGCCAGUGCUCCAUACCGAUUGAGUUCGACGAGGAUGAGUUCCUUGUGGACAUGUGUGUCGCAUGCGACCGCGUGCGGCACCGCCGUCUUAGCGCCGAGAGGCGGCGCUCCUCCGAUGCGUCCGAGCCCUGCAGCCCGGACUCGGUGAUGGCCGCCGGGUUCGAGGGUCUGUCGGUCGAAGCGAAGAGCGCUGCGACUGGGCAGACGGUUGAGUUUGCACCUCCAAAGACGACAUUUGUCUUCGGUGCUGAGCCGACUGCGCAGCGGCCGCCUGUGCCGACCCAGUGGCAGCUGAGGGUCUCUGGGCUACACCCGGACGUCAGCGCGAUGCAGGCGGCGCCGUCGCCCGCGAUCUGCUCCGAGACCAACCGGCAGGCGGCGGAGGAAUGGCUCGACAAGGCGCGGAAGCGGCACGAGGCGGGCGACGACGCGGCCGCGCUGCGCUUCUGCGAGAAGAGCCUGCGGCUGCACGAGGGCAACGAGGCCGCGGCGCAGCUCGCCGCGCACCUGCGCAAGUUCGGCGCGGGGACGCCGAUGGCCGAGGCGGCGGCGCGCGUGCUGAAGCUGGGGCCCAGGGAGAACGCCGCGGUGCUGCAGCUCAGCGCGACGCAGGCGGCCAGCGCGGACGCGGUGCGCGCCGCGUACCGGAAGCUCGCGCUACUACUCCAUCCCGACAAGAACCAGGCGCGCCAGGCGGAGGCGGCGUUCAAGCGGCUGCAGGUGGCCUACGAGGCCCUGAGCGCACAAGCCUCUGGCACUGGCGGCGGUGGCGGACCCAGCACCAGACCAAGCGGCGGCAGCAGCGGUGGCAGCAGCCGCGGUGAGUACAGCGACGACGAGUGCUUCUGCACCCGGUGCGGCGAAUACUGCGAGUACGGAGAGGAGCUGUGCGAGGAGUGCGCGGAGGAGGAACGCGAUCGCGCUUUUGAGGCGGCGUAUCGGCGCGGACGAGGCGCAUACAGCUCGCACACGUCCCGGUGCUACGACUGCGGCCGCCCGUACUCGCCGCCAGCGUCGUACUGCGGCUCCAAGCCCAUGUGUUGGGACUGUCGCGACGGGUACGAGUCUGACGACGAUUAUGGACGGUAUGGUGGGUAUCGGUAUGGCUUUUAUUGA